UCUGCCACAAUAACCGCUCGAACCGAGUCGUUUAUUUCUAAAAAGAAAAAAAAAGAGGGGGGUUAGAAGUCGCUUUUGUGUAUGCAGCUGAAGCUCUUAUUUUAAAUGUCUAGGAUUUAUUUGUAAUCCAGCAUCCCUCUCCUGUUUAUCUACAUUUGCACUACACCCUCCACCCCUAAGACUAUACAGAAGUGGAAUGAAUUGUAUUCACCCACUGAACAAAUCACAGUCAUGAGAUGGGAGCUGCUUUGCAUGUGGAGCAGGCAGCCUGCCUGAGUACGUCUGCUUUUGUCACUCCAAUUCUCUCACUUCUACAAAAUCUGUGAGGCCACAGAAGGGAAAUAUAUAUCUGUCUAUAUUUUUCACUCUUUUCUCUGCAGAAUGGCUCCUGCAUCUGUUUCUAUUUCUCUCUAUACCCCAGAGAGCUCCUGAUUUCUUAUGUCUGGGAUUCCACUCCACAGCUUUGCUAAAGACCAGUUGAUAGCAUCAAUGAGGACUGCAUGUAAGCAUCUAGUCUCCAGCAGGUGAAUGGGACUGGGAGCAGCAGAGAUCGCUGGAACACAGCUAAAUAGAAAAGCUGUAUGUUGUUAGUGGUAAUAUCAUCGUAACCUUUGAUUUCAUCUGCACAGGCUUGGGGAGAGUCUGCUAACAUGUGCAGUGCAGAGGCAUCCAGCUGUGACUAUCUUGGGCUAUUACUGGAAUCUUAAAACAGCAGAGGAAGUCCCAGGGAAUUCCAUAUUAACUUAACUUUGGGGGAUUUUGGUCCUAACAAUGACACAUUACUGGCUCUAUUUGUGGCGUAUGGUUUUACAAUACUGGGCAGUAUGGUUCUGCUACGUUUUCUGGCUUCAGAGCUGUCAAGGAAUGCCACAUGUUAUUCGCAUAGGGGGCAUCUUUGAGAAUCUGGAAGGACCCACUGAGCAGCUUGCAAGUGCAGAAGAGCAAGCCUUCAAGUUUUCAGCAAGCGUUAUCAACAGAAACCGAACAUUGUUGCCAAAUACAACAUUAACCUAUGAUAUUCAGAGAAUUAAUUUGUACGACAGUUUCGAAGCAAAUCGGAAAGCCUGUGACCAGCUCGCUCUUGGAGUAGUUGCCAUUUUUGGCCCAUCUCAUAGUUCCUCAUCAAACGCAGUUCAGUCUAUCUGCAACGCACUGGAAGUACCACACAUCCAGGUCCGAUGGAAGCACCACCCACUAGAUAACAGAGAUUCAUUCUAUGUUAACCUGUACCCAGACUAUGCUUCUCUCAGCCACGCUAUACUGGACUUGGUUCAGUUCCUCAAAUGGAGGUCAGCUACAGUUGUGUACGAUGACAGCACAGGCCUUAUUCGUCUACAAGAGCUCAUCAUGGCACCUGCCAGGUACAACAUCCGCCUGAAAAUUCGUCAACUUCCUCCAGAGUCCGAGGAUGCUCGCCCUCUUCUUAAAGAGAUGAAGCGAGGCAGGGAAUUUAGAAUCAUUUUUGACUGCAGUCAUACUAUGGCCGCUCAAAUACUCAGGCAGGCUAUGGCAAUGGGUAUGAUGACAGAAUACUACCACUAUAUAUUUACAACCCUGGACCUUUAUGCUUUGGAUAUGGAGCCAUACCGCUAUUCCGGAGUAAAUCUGACUGGUUUCCGUAUUCUAAAUGUGGAAAAUCCUUAUGUCAACAACAUUGUUGAGAAGUGGUCAAUGGAACGAAACCAAGCAAAACCGGGGUCUGGAAUUCUGGAUGGAAUAAUGACGACAGAUGCUGCUCUGACAUAUGACGCAGUUCAUAUUGUGUCUGUUUGCUACCAGAGGGCCCCACAGAUGACAGUCAACUCUUUACAAUGUCACAGACACAAAGCCUGGAGGUUUGGUAGCCGUUUCAUGAACUUCAUUAAAGAGGCCCAGUGGGAAGGGCUGACCGGACGAAUCGUUUUCAAUAAAACCAGUGGUCUUAGAACAGAAUUUGAUCUGGAUAUUAUCAGCUUGAAGGAAGAUGGCCUGGAAAAGGUUGGAACAUGGAACCCUUCUGAUGGACUGAAUAUCACAGACGUUGCCAAAGGGAGGGGACCAAACAUCAGUGAGUCAUUGACUAACCGCACACUCAUGGUCACUACAGUGUUGGAGGAGCCUUAUGUGAUGUUCAAGAGGUCAGACACUCCUUUAUUUGGAAAAGACAGGUUUGAGGGCUUUUGUAUCGAUCUUCUGAAGAAGAUAGCUGAAAUACUCGGAUUCGACUAUGACAUACGACUAGUAGAUGAUGGAAAAUAUGGAUCCCAAGAUGAGAAGGGCCAAUGGAAUGGCUUAGUCAAGGAGCUCAUUGACCAUAAAGCUGACCUUGCUGUGGCUCCCCUCACCAUAACCCACAUCCGAGAGAAAGUAAUAGAUUUCUCCAAGCCAUUCAUGACCCUGGGGAUAAGUAUCCUGUACCGGAAAGCCAAUGGAACAGCCCCAAGUGUCUUCUCUUUCCUGAACCCAUUGUCACCUGACAUUUGGAUGUACAUCCUCCUUGCCUACCUAGGUGUGAGCUGUGUACUCUUUGUCAUUGCCAGGUUUAGUCCAUAUGAAUGGUACGAUGCUCACCCAUGUAAUCCAGGAACUGAUGUGGUAGAAAACAAUUUCACUCUUCUCAACAGCUUUUGGUUUGCCAUUGGAGCAUUAAUGCAGCAAGGGUCCGAGUUGAUGCCAAAAGCUCUGUCCACAAGGAUUAUUGGUGGUAUCUGGUGGUUUUUUACUCUAAUCAUUAUAUCAUCCUAUACGGCCAACCUUGCUGCCUUUCUUACAGUGGAGAGAAUGGAAUCUGCCAUUGAUUCAGCAGAUGACUUGGCAAAACAAACAAAGAUAGAGUAUGGAGCUGUCACGGAUGGAGCCACCAUGAAUUUCUUUAAGAAAUCUCACAUCUCGACCUUUGAGAAGAUGUGGGCGUUCAUGAGCAGCAGGCCGUCUGCGCUUGUUAAAAGUAACGAGGAAGGCAUCCAGCGAGUCCUUUCAGCCGACUAUGCACUGCUAAUGGAAUCAACAGCUAUUGAAUAUAUAACUCAAAGGAACUGCAACCUUACUCAAAUUGGAGGGCUCCUAGAUUCCAAAGGCUAUGGAAUUGGAACACCCAUGGGUUCUCCAUAUCGAGACAGGAUCAGUAUUGCUAUCCUUCAACUCCAGGAAGCUGACGAGAUUCACAAAAUGAAAGAAAGAUGGUGGAGAGUCGGGGGAUGCCCAGAAGAGAAAAAUAAAGAGGCCAGUGCUCUUGGAAUUCAAAACAUGGGGGGCAUUUUUAUUGUGUUAGCAGGUGGACUUAUCCUCUCAGUGGUGGUAGCCAUGGCAGAGUUUGUGUACAAGCUUAGAAAAACAGCUGAAAGAGAACAGCGAUCUUUCUGCAGUACUAUGGCUGAUGAGAUCCGAUUGUCCCUUACUUGCCAGCGACGAGUCAAACACAAACCACAGCCGCCCGUCAUGGUAAAGAGUGAUGCGGUUAUUAAUAUGCACACUUUCAAUGAUAGGAGAUUGCCAGGAAAGGACAACAUGACCUGCAACACUGGACUGACACCUGUGUUCCCAUAGAAUUACUACUAUCCCAGAGACCAACUCCACGACACAUCCUCAGACUAAUGCCCUCUCCAGCAAUGUUGACUCUUACAGAGACAUUGGGCAUCCAGCCAACGAACACUCUCCAGCCAGAAGUGUCCUGUUUACAAAUAAAGAGGCAAACAAUUGCCAAGUUGUUUCAUCCUCAGUCGAUAUUGAGAAGUCCCAAACUUGUGACUUUUUAUGAGCAUGGCAAUAAAAAUAAAAAGAACUCCUUUCUUUCUCUUUUUGUCUGUGCUGGUGUAGAACCAUUGACUUAAUGGAUGACCAAGUCCUAUCUUGUGGUACCUUUUGAACACACACUUGGUCGGCCAGUCUAAUCUGUGGGAACUCAUACCUCAGUGCUGUGCCUAUAAGAAGUUUGCAAAAGGUGCAGCCUUUAAGAUAUGUCUGAAUCAGACAGCUACUGGGCCUUUUAAUAAGGCUGUGUCAUGAAGAGUAAGACUUCUGAACUAAUGCAAAUCUAGAAGCAAACACUAAGCUGAAAAAAGGGAAAAAAUAUUCAGUCACCAGGUUUAAUGAACUGUUUUCCCUAUCACAAAUCAACAAGACUUUCAGCACGAACCUACAACUUGCAAGGAAAUCCAUAACACACAGUAAUGCCAUAAUAUACAUAAUUUUGUUAUAAUGUUUCUUUAUUAAAGUUAAAUGUGUCCUUAUCAUUCAGCUUCAUUUUAUAUGAUACCCAGUGUUAACUAUGUUUUAUCCACCAAUCCUGGCAGGUAACCAAAGAAAGAGGAUUGCUUAGUAGAGUCAGUGGCUUAUUAGUACUGGGGAAUUCAUUGUUACUACUAACUACCAUUCAUAAACCCAAAGCUAUAGUAAUAAUUUCAUUUAUUAUAUUAAAGUUAGUCAUUUUCUUGGAUGUAAGAGCAGAGUAAGAGAAGAACCCUUCUUCCCCCAUACUGAUUAGGAUGUUGGAAAACAUUUAGCACAAAUAUUUCUACCUUUUGGGGCAGACAUUCCUUGUAUACUAUUGCACAAAGCUGCAUCUGUUUUUAUUCAAACAUAGGCAUUCUAUACCCCUAAGAUGUGGGACAGCUGCAUAUGGCCAAUGGCAUGUAUCUCUGCCCAUAAAUCCUCCCUUGGUUUUUGCGAGAAUAAAAACAAAGUGAAUCCCUCUGCAACACUUACGUAUCUUCUUCAGGUCUCCUAAUUAACUCUUUAUGAAACCAUUAAUUAUACAUA